AACGCGGCGGGCCGGUAGGCUGGGAGAUGCCCCGCCUCAGCCAGCCUGCCGCUCCCAUUGGCGCUGCGGGGGGCCAACCCUGCUCUCAUUGGCCAGCGAGGUGUCGCUCGCGCUUUCUCCGCUUCAGGGCCCGGAGAACUAUUUUCCAUUCGGCGGAGGGGGGCCGGGGAGGGGGCUCCGCUGGUCGCUCCGUCCGCGCCGAGCGGCAGGCGGCGGGCCCGGGCGCGGCGGCGGAGGAUGCGGCGGCCGGUGGGGCCGCCGGGACGGCGCUGAGGGGUCGCUGUCCCCGCCGCGGCGCAGCGAUCUUUCUGCUUGCCUUGAAACCACGGCCUUGGUGUGCUGGGCUGUAAAUCCCUGGGGGCAGUGAUGGAGGAACAGCAUGGUCUGGAUAAACUCUACUUAACACGCUUAUUCAGAUGGAGGUUGAUUGGCUUUGUCCUUUAUCCAUGAAAGAAAAGCAAAGAAUUACUGAAAUGGUGCAACAUUAUCAAGCAGGAAACCGUCCUGAAGGACCUGAGGGAUGCAUCACAACGAGCAGUGACGGAGAGGAGUACCCAGCCUCUGCUUUGGUGUCUGAAUGUUCACGAUGUCAAUGGUUUGACCUGUGGGUCUUGCAGUGCUCAAACCACUGCCUCCACCUUGGUACAUGCAGGUUUAGAGCAUUUCUGAGAUGUGCUGGUGCAGUGAGAAGAGGACUCUGGAGGUCACAGCUGAAGAGAGGGAGAUCCCAGAGGGGCGUCACCCCUGAGGGACAUAAUCUCUGCUCUCCACCACCUGCCAGCACCACUGAUCCACACGGGCUGGGCAGCCAAUUGCCGGGGAUGUACCAAACUCACUCACGGCUUACCUCUGCCAUAGGAGUGAACAGACUUGGGGAAACUAUAAACAGCACAGGUUGUCUUUCACUGGAUCACUUCUUUCACUCUGUGGACUGUGAGGCUGCAGGGAUACUUGGGUCAACACCACCAAAACAGCAGCACAGCACCAUGGGGCCUGUGUCUGAGGAACCCUCCCUGCUCCCUGUGAAAUUAUGGACCGAAGAUGGGGAAGCAUUGGAAAGAGCAUCAGAAUCUCCUCUGCUCACAUGUGAGACCCUGUUGUUGCUUUUGCCCCAUCGUUCUGCAGGGCUCCAUCUUCUGUCUUGUUAUCCCACGAUAGAAGGACCGGGGGAGGUAACUGCCAUGCUUCACAUACAAGGAGUGGAGAUGCUGGGGCUCUUCAUGGCCAAGAGCAUCCGCUCUGCUUGGGGCAACUCUACCAUGUGGCUCAGGAUAAUGGAGUUUACAUCUUCCCUUUGCCAGCACUGCUGGAUUCACCCCAAACCAGCUGGAGAUGGCAUCCUGUGCUCAGAGGACUCGAUGGCCAUCUAAGUCUUCCCUGUCACUUAUGCUUCCCACGACCGACAGCAUAUUAUAUUGUCUUAUGAAAAUCAUGCAUGGCUUGCGGGAGACAUCUAUAAAAAGGAGAGAGCACACUGAGAAGCUGAUACCGUCUCUCUAAUUAUCCGGGUUGAUGAACCUGUUAACCACCUGAAGUGACUUGAAUCUUUACAGCUGGCGUCACUCACGUUGGACAGUAGACUCCCUUCUGUGCCUUCAGAAGUAAUGGCUGUAGGUAAAUGUUCCCUCCUCGCCCUGUUCUUUGACAACCACCUUGGUUCAAGGUUUAUGCCUUUCAGUGAGGUGCUUAAGCACACACUUGGCUCUAAGCACUUCAUUCCUGUCAUUUCAUUGAAUAGACAUGGAUUUAUGUGCCUUCUCUAGUUCAUGGCUUGCUAGCAUUUCAACAGUUUAUUUUGCAGUGGCCAGAUAAGACAGAAGAGCCAGCCCUGGCAGACCUGUGCCUGGGGAAAUGGUUUGCUUUCUGGUAGUGAUGGGCAACACCAUUCAAACCUUCCAUGAUGCUCCAAAGUAGAGACUGCUGGGGCCCCAGGUCCAGCUGCUCACUGAGGAUGGAGGAAAAGUGCUCUCCAGAAACCCAGCAGUAUAAACAUCUGGAGUCACAGUGGCUGGCGCUUUAGGCUGAAGUCGAAGUUGCAGCUAAACAGCCUGAGUGCAAGAGGUUCCAUGUCCACGGCUACUAACUUGCGACUGAAGCCGUGCUUGUGUCUCCACGUAGCUCAGACACGCCAUAUACGCCCGCCCCACACAGCCCUGCCGCACAGCUAUGGGAGCAAAGGUCCCCUACAGCACCAGUGGGCUGCAUCUGAUCAGCAGAUCCAUUAAGACCUAAGCAACGCACAACGUUAAGGCUGCAGCGGCCAUCGCAGCGCUCACUGCACAAGCACGGGAGACGCUGAAGCGCUUCGGCGGCGGGAGCGGCGCAGAGCCCACGCCGGGUCUCCUCCCAGCCCCAGCAGCGCCCGCUGCAGCCAGCCCCGGCUCGGCAGAGCGCGGUGCCGGAGGCCUGGGCGGCUGGCACCGCGCUGCCCGCCCCCCGCCCAGGCCGCAGCGCCCCCGCUCCUCCUCUCCCCGGCCCCUCCGAUCCCGGCUGCCGGGCCGGGCGGAGCGGAGCGGAGCGGCCCCGCCGCCAGGCUACGCACCGUCCGUGGCGCGGGCUCCGGGCGCGCCGGCCACCAUCCCGGGCUCACCUCUGACCCCGCGCACGCGCCGCGCUCCCGUCCCGCCCUCUCUUGCCGCCCAUUGGCUGCACCUUUCCGCGGGGCGGCGGCGGUGGGACCGCUCUCGGAACUCCACGUGGAGCGCUCGCGGAGCGGCAGGUGGAGCGGCCCGCCCACGCGGGGCAGGGCUGCCGGCGCCAUCGCUGCGGUGGCGGCGGCCGGAGAGCCCUGUACAGCCGCGCACCGGCGGCCGCGGGGAGGACCGGCCUUCCCGAGGGCGCGCCGGGGGCAUCCAGCCAGCGGCGUCCCCAGCGGAGGGUGCGGGACUAGAGUGCCGUGUCAGCAGGUUUGCUGAUGACACCAAGCUGGGAGGAGUGGCUGACACGCCAGAAGGAUGUGCUGCCAUCCAGAGACAUGGACAGGCUGGAGAGUUGGGCGGGGAAAAAUUGAAUGGUAACAAGGGGAAGUGCACAGUCUUGCAUCUGGGCAGGAACGACCCCAGGUUCCAGUAUGGGUUGGGGAACGACCUGUUAGAGAGCAGUGUAGGGGAAAGGGACCUGGGGGUCCUGGUGGACAGCAGGAUGACCAUGAGCCAGCACUGUGCCCUUGUGGCCAGGAAGGCCAAUGGCAUCCUGGGGUGUAUUAGAAAGGGGGUGGUUGGUAGGUUAAGAGAGGUUCUCCUUCCCCUCUACUCUGACCUGAUGAGACCACAUCUGGAAUAUUGUGUCCAGUUCUGGGCCCCUCAGUUCAAGAAGGACAGGGAACUGCUGGAGAGAGUCCAGCGCAGGGCAAUGAAGAUGAUGAAGGGAGUGGAGCAUCUCCCUUAUGAAGAAAGGCUGAGGGAGCUGGGGCUCUUUAGUUUGGAGGAGACUGAGUGGUGACCUUAUUAAUGUUUAUAAAUAUGUAAAGGGUAAGUGUCACGAGGAUGGAGCCAGGCUCUUCUCGGUGACAGCCAAUGAUAGGACAAGGGGUAAUGGGUUCAAGCUGGAGCACAGGGGGUUCCACUUAAAUUUGAGAAGAAACUUCUCAGUGAGGGUGGCAGACACUGGAACAGGCUGCCCAGGGGGUUGUGGAGUCUCCUUCUCUGGAGACAUUCAAAACCUGUCUGGACACAUUCCUGUGUAACCUCAUCUGGGUGUUCCUGCUAUGGCAGGGGGAUCGGACUGGAUGAUCUUUCGAGGUCCCUUCUAAUCCCUGACAUUCUGUGAUUCUGUGGAGGAGCUUAGUGGAGAGGGGGUGCAUGGGGGGCUGAGGAAGGGGCUCGGUGGGCUGCUGGGGUUGGACAUGAGGAAAAGGUUCUUCCCCCAGAGGGUGGUGGACACUGGAACAGGCUCCCCAGGGAGGUGUCACGGCCCCAAGCCUGACAGCGUUCAAGAAGAGACUGGACAAGCCCUCAGACACAUGGUGUGAACUGUGGGGUUGUCCUGUGCAGGGACAGGAGAUGGACUCGAUGAUCCUUGUGGGUCCCUUCCAACUCGGGACAUGCUAUGAAAUCACUAACAUGCAUCAAUUAUACUCAAUUAGUGUUCUACAUAUUUUGAAAAUUAAAUGUAACUUUUUUUUAAA